AUGCGCAGACAAUCUAGACAAAUUAUAAACACCGUUGCUGACAUAAAAGAAAAUAUGGAAGGAAUUAUUGAAGAAGAUAGAGAUAUUUCUUCUAUGCCUGUUUCAAAAGACAAGAUUGUCAGAGUGGAUGAAUCAAAAAGCACAAAGGUUUCAGAAAUGGAAAAUUUAAAUGGCAGGAGCCCCACAAAUGUGCAGAAACCCAGAGUGAAAUGCAAUAAAUAUGUGGGGAGAAAAUCAUAUCAGAAUAGUAAGGAUGAUAGUAAACUGACAGUUAAUGAAAGCCUUUCUGUUAAACAAACAGGAAACUUACUUGAACCUUCCUUGUCCUUUUUGACAUUAGACAAACUGCAAAGUCCUUUUUCAGAAGGCAGACCUACAUUUUUGGGUGCUGCAAGCUAUCUGACGCCAAACAAAAGUGAAGCAGAUGUAAAACCUAAUUGUGGAACAUCGGAGAAACUAAUGAAGAAACCUAUUGAUUUUGCUAGUGUAACAAUAGCUGAAUUUGGGAUUACUCCAGAGUCUUUUACUGCUAAGCCAUCUGUAGGGAAAUCCAUGGCUUUAAAACUUAGGCGCAGAUCUACAAUUGGAGUACGGGGUUCCCCUGAAAAUAAUAGCCUUAUUCGAUAUCUUGCCCAACAAAGGAGGAACAGAACCGAAGACCCUUUCACAAAGCAGGCCAGCCCUUUUAAACAUCAAAAUGUUGGCUCGUUAAAGGAUAAAAUAUCUGCCUUCCAAUCAUCUUUUCAGUCAGCGCAAGAGGACGAAGAGAGGGCUUGCUUUCCUGGGCUCUCGCAGGAGGAGAGAGUGUCCCAGGCAGCAGGCUAUUCUCAGAACAAACCACCUUUUACAAAACAGCAUGAACAGUUUCAGUUGAGUGAAGAGUUAGCAUCUGAACGCAAGAGUGUUGCGUACAGGGAAAACUGGAAAGAAAAAUUAACUAAUGGUGAUAAAACUCCAGCCAGUAUCCAGGUAUGCAAGAUUGUCUCUCCACCAGAGGAGGUGCCCAUCAUUGAAACUACUACUGCUACAAUUUCAACGGAAAUUCCCUGUACGCCACCAAUUACUGAAUCUGGAAGCUUAUCUUUAGAGAUUAUUCCACUAACGGGCAUCCCAAAGACACCACGCAAUAUUACUUCUGAGUGUAUCAGUGAGGAAGUUGGAGGUAAUACUGGAUCGCAGCUAAGCAGAAAGAAAGUUACCUUUGCAGAAGAACUGAGCUUGGAGAUAUUUGAUGAAACCAUGCCACCUGUUACGCCACCACAAAAGGGAAACCUUCCAUCCAGUGAAAAAUCACAUAAUGGCUCCUCCUGCCUUCGAUCUGUUCUGAAGAAAACACCAGUAAAACUACUGAUGGAAAACGUGAAGGAACUCGUAAGCAAUACUACUGGCAUGGAAGGAAAUGAACCUCUUUUAUUCUCUGAUCUUUCAAGAAGUUGUGAAGAACUGCAAACAGAUAGAAGUAAUACUAAAACAAUAGACACAACAGAUGAGAACAGCUCUGAAAAGCCAAUGAAGAGAAAGAAGGUUACUUUUGGAGAGGAGCUAAGCCCAGAAGUAUUUGAUAAAACCUUGCCUGCAAAUACACCAUUGCAUAAAGGAGCGACCCCAAUCAGUAACCCAGGCUCACAAAGCGAUAGCCCUUCCACAGUAAUAAGUCCUAUGAGAGAACCUUUAUCCCAGCCAAAUUUUGAUGACUGUGAUGGUGAUGAAUAUGUUAAGCCUCUUCAAGAGUCUGUAGCAGUCCCUGAGAAUAGGAAAGUGUAUUUAACAGAAAUUAAUUCCUUUGAUAACAAAAACUCUUGUACCAGAAUAACCCGGUCCUCUACUAAAAGAAAGUAUAUCAACAUUUCAGAAGAGACUGGUGUUACCAUCUCGACAGAUAUAACGGCCAAAAAUGCUCAAGAUAUUAAAAAUCUAAGAAAGAGCAAGGUUCAAAGAGGAAAGGAAAACAAAUCUGCCCCCAAAAGUAUAUCCAAGGUAAAACUUAGAAGUUAUGGAGGAAAAAGAGGAAAGAAAAAGGUAGAAAAAUCCUUGUAUGGUCAGAGAGAAGUAGCUUCCAAGAAACCUCUUUUGAGCCCAAUUCCUGAGAUCCCAGAGGUCUUCUCUUCUGCACCAUCUUCUCCAAACUCACCUAAGACACACAUUCUGCUCUUCUCAGAUUAUUCCAAAUCCAGUAAUGCACACAUAGGAUCUAUGAAUGAAGUCGUUGAACAGAAAAAAGUGGUUGGAAGAAUCAAAAGGAAAGUGCCUAUAACAAACAAACGUCCAAACACUAAAGAACUCUACAUUGUAGAAGCCAGCAGCACCAGUGGCAUCGAGUGUCAGUCAUCAGACAGUGGCCCUGAUCCUGCUUCAACCAUUAAUAUUGAGGUGCUUAAUAUACAGGAAAACAUUCAAACAGAAAAUGAGCUGGGAUCACCCUUAAUGUCACUAGAACAGAAAGAGAGUGAUGUUUGUGUGAAUGAUCAGAUCAGUGAAGAAGACAGCAAUAAGACCAGCUGUCAGCAGUCUGAGCCCAGUCUUAUGAGAGAACACACUUCACCUAUCAUUGUAAAAUCAAAUUCUCUUUUGCCACUACUAAACACUAUUAUGCAAGAAAUUAAGAGCACUUCCCCACUUGAUACAUCUGACGACAAAGAACAUGAAAAAGCGAGAGAUGUCUUAAUAGAAAAUGAAUGUGUACUGGAAAGUGAUCAUCCUUCAAAUAACUCAGAGAUGCUAAAUGAGCUAGAGUUCUUAAACCUGCAGGACAUCAGUGUAAGUGAAAAUACUCAAACUGGAUGUUCUAUUACAGACUUUGCAAGAGAACGAACAGCUGACAGUGAUGCCAGUCUUAAAAGGUUCAAAAGGCCUUCAAGAAAAGGCAGAAGCACUAUGUACCUUUCUGAACUUGAGAAUCUCCAUUUUGAAGCAUUUGGAAACAAUCUCUCUAGUUCUUAUUUUAAUGAGCAAGAACCCCGGAUAGAAAAUGACUCAGAAAUGUUUAGUGAUCUACAUUACUCUAUAGAACAGUCCUUCUUGAAGGCGAGUGAGGAUCAUGGAAAAAAGGUAAGACGCAGUAUGAGGCUGCAUAAAAAUGCAGAAAAUGAGGGACUUGUGUGGAUUAAAAUACCUACUGAGAUUCACAAGGACUCUUUGUCAGAUUCUGCUUGCAAAUCGAGGAGGACGAUGUAUGCAUCCAUCUUUAAAGAAUCUGAGAACAUUCAUCAAAGACAAGAAAAUUGGAGCCAAUUUUCAGCUUUGGGGAAAGAGAACAAUGAGUGUGUUCCUGUUGCAGGGGGUUCUUGCAAAACACGCAGGAGGAGCAUGUGUGCAUCCACUUCCCAGGAAACCAAAAAUAUAACUCAAACACGGAAAAAGAGAAGGGCAAGCCUUGUGUACAAUAAUAAAAAUUACCAAAAGGAGUCUGAAGUGGAAGUAUCCUUUGAGAACCAUCCUAAUGCCUAG